CUGGCCUGUUCAGAUCUCACCGGGUAUUCAGACGAGAGUGUCCCAGGAGACAUUGAGCUCCAAGACCCCAGCAAGGCUCCCACACAGCUCAGCCAGGAAAGGGCCCAGCGGCUAUAGUAAGAGUAGACACUAAGACAAUCAGGGGACUAGAGAGCAGCCAACCUGAAGUGCUGCAACCUUCCUUCUUUCCCUCCACCUGUUGUGGCUCGCCCCCACCAGCUUCUCUCUCGCUGUCUUUGUGCUCUCCCUCACACUUUCUAGGAAGGCACACUGGCUCAGGUUUUGUUCUACAUCAAGGACCAAGGGAUUUUGAGUGGAAACUUGUAUGCCUUUUGUUUUUGGGGAGGAAGAGCAGCAGCUUUUUUUUCUCCCGGGUUUUAAAGAGUGUUUGAAGUGGGGAUUUUUGUUGUUAUUCUGUUGGACUUUAAUAUGGGUGUCACUCCAUGAUAGCCUGAGCUCCUAAUCAUCGAGCGGAGCCGGUGUGUGUCGGCAGGGGGAAUCAGAGGAGUAAGGAGUGCCAACACCUGGACCAUGGCGCCGUGCCACAGAGGGGCUGAAUCUCCCCUCGCCAGGGGGGCCAUGUUUAUCCUGCUGCUGGGCAGCCUGGCCCUGCCAUCGCCAACCCACGCAGACAGCAUGCCCAGCUUCAUCAAAUCUCCAGAUGACCAGACAGGUAUCUCGGGAGGCGUGGCUUCCUUUGUUUGCCAGGCGGUGGGCGAACCCAAGCCACGCAUCACAUGGAUGAAGAAAGGCAAGAAGGUCAGCUCUCAGCGUUUUGAGGUGAUAGAGUUCGAUGACGGCUCAGGUUCUGUGCUGCGUAUCCAGCCCCUUCGGACCCACCGGGACGAGGCCAUCUAUGAGUGCACCGCCACCAACAGUGCGGGAGAGAUCAACACCAGCGCCAAACUCACCGUGCUGGAAGAGGACCAGAUUCCCCAUGGCUUCCCCACCAUAGACAUGGGUCCCCAGCUGAAGGUGGUGGAACGGACCCGGACAGCCACUAUGCUGUGUGCUGCUAGUGGCAACCCCGACCCAGAGAUCUCCUGGUUCAAGGACUUCCUCCCUGUAGAUAUCAACAGCAGCAAUGGACGAAUCAAACAGCUCCGCUCAGGUGGUACACCAAUCAGAGGAGCUCUCCAGAUAGAGAACAGUGAAGAGUCGGACCAGGGCAAGUACGAGUGCGUGGCGGUCAACAGUGCCGGGAUCCGCUACUCGGCUCCAGCCAAUCUCUACGUGAGAGAUCAACGAGAAGUACGCCGCGUGCCUCCCCGUUUCUCCAUCCCGCCCACCAACCACGAGGUGAUGCCGGGGGGCAGCGUGAACCUGACCUGCGUGGCGGUGGGAGCCCCCAUGCCCUACGUCAAGUGGAUGAUGGGGGUCCUGGAGCUGACCAAAGAGGAAGAGAUGCCCAUCGGGAGGAACGUGUUGGAGGUCACCAACGUCCGCCAGUCCGCCAACUACACGUGCGUGGCGAUAUCGUCGCUCGGCAUGAUCGAGACCACGGCGCAGAUCACUGUGAAAGCCCUGCCAAAACCUCCUACCUCCCUGAUUGUGACGGAGACCACAGCCACCAGCGUCACUCUGACCUGGGACUCGGGGAACCCCGAGCCGGUGUCCUACUAUGUGAUCCAGUACCGGGCGAAGGUCUCAGACAACGGCUUCCAAGAGGUGGACGGCGUGGCAACCACGCGCUACAGCAUCGGUGGGCUCAGCCCCUACUCUGAGUACGAGUUCCGCGUCAUGGCGGUGAACAACAUCGGGCGUGGCCCUCCCAGCGGCCUCGUGGACACCAGGACCAGUGAGCAGGCUCCUUCCUCGCCACCGCUGGCUGUGCAGGCCCGCAUGCUCAGCGCCUCCACCAUGCUGGUCCAAUGGGAGCCGCCCGAGGAGCCUAACGGGCAGAUUAGAGGGUACCGUGUGUACUACAGCUCGGAGCAGGGUGCACCGCUCAGUACCUGGCAGAAACACAACACGGACGACAGCAGACUGACCACCAUCUCAGGCCUGACCACUGACAUCACCUACAGCCUCCGGGUGCUGGGCUUCACCUCCGUAGGGGACGGGCCUCCUUCAGACGUACUGCAGGUCAAGACCCAGCAGGGCGUACCGGCUCAGCCAUCGAGCUUCGAGGCGGAGGCGGAGCUUGACACCCGCAUCAUGUUGUCGUGGCUGUGGCCGGUCCAAGAUCAGAUCACCAAGUACGAGCUCAUGUACUGGGAGGCUGGCUCCAGCAACAAGCUCCAUGUGGUCUUCCCUCCUGGGGGAUCUCAUGCUGUGGAGGGUCUGAAGCCAGACACCCUUUACAUGUUCUCCCUGGCUGCUCGCUCUGACAUGGGCCUGGGUGUCUACACCCAGCCUAUUGAAGCCAGGACUGCCCAGUCCACCCCCUCUGCCCCUCCCCAGGAGGUACACCUGCUGAGCCUCAGCUCCACCAGCAUCAAGGUGAGUUGGGUGGCGCCCCCUGCAGCCAGCCGCCAUGGGGACAUCGUUCGCUACUCCCUAGCAUACCAGGCCACAACUGGAGAGGACUUGAAGCGCCACGAGGUGUCGGGCGUCAGGGCGGAUGUUUCUAGUUAUACCUUGGAGGGCCUGGGGAAGUGGACAGAGUACCAGGUGUGGGUCAGGGCUCACACAGAUGUAGGCCCAGGCCCAGAGAGUCCGCCAGCCCGGAUCAGGACCCAGGAGGAUGUGCCCGGAGCCCCUCCCAGGAAGGUGGAGACAGAUGCCUUGAACUCCACGGCCCUGAGGGUGACGUGGAAGCCCCCCCUUCAGGUGAAGCAGCACGGCCAGAUCCGGGGAUACCAGGUGGUGUACUCCCGGCUUGAGAACGGAGAGCCACGCGGACAGCCUAACAUCAUGGAUGUCUCCCUGCCUGAGGCACAGUGGAACGUUGAGGAUUCGGCGGAUUAUGAGGCUGUUGUAACAGGCCUACUACCCGAGACCAGCUACUCUGUCACGGUGGCUGCCUACACCACCAAGGGGGACGGGGCUCGCAGUAAGGCUAAGGUGGUCACCACCACAGGGGCAGUCCCGGGCAAGCCCACCAUGAUGAUCAGCACCACCAGCGGUAACACCGCCCUCAUCCAGUGGCAGCCUCCAAAGGAGAUGGUGGGCGAGCACGUGGGCUACCGGCUGCAGUACAAGCGCGCCGAGGAGGAGUCGUUCACCGUGAAGGACUUCAAGAAGACCGACGACCACUUCACCGUCACGGGCCUGCACAAGGGCGCCACGUACAUCUUCAAGCUCUGCGCCAAGAACCGGGCGGGCAACGGCGAGGAGUACAUGAAGGAGAUCACCACGCCGGACGAUGUGCCUGGCAGCUAUCCCCAGAACCUGAGUGUGGUGGGCCUGACCACCACCACCACCAAGCUGGCCUGGGAGCCUCCGGCACUGGCUGAGAGGAAUGGCAAGAUUGUCCAGUACGUGGUCGUGUACCGAGAUAUCAACAGCCAGCAGAACCAUACAAACAGCACGACAGAAACCCAGAUGACCGUCACCGGGCUGCAGCCUGACACCACCUAUGACAUCCGGGUCAGAGCUUUCACCAGCAAAGGAGGAGGACCCAUCAGCCCCAGCAUACAGAGCAGAACCAUGUCUACCUCCAUGCCGGAGUUCACCAAAAACUUUGGUGUGAAAGCCGUGAUGAAGACGUCAGUCCUGCUGACUUGGGAAGUGCCAGAAACCUACAAGUCUCAAGUGCCUUUCAAGAUCCUCUAUAACCAGCAGAGUGUGGAGGUCCAGGGGAACCUGAAGAGGAAGCUGAUCACCAGGCUACAGCCUGACACGGACUACAGCUUUGUGCUGAUGUCCAGAGGGAACAGUGCCGGAGGGCUGCAGCAGCAGGUCUCCAUCAGAACGGCCCCGGACCUCCUCAAGACCAAACCUGUUCAGUACCAUCAAGACCCAGAGGAGGGGGGCAAACUCACAAUCACACUGCCCAAAGUCCCUACUACCGCCCCGGUCAGGUGGUACUACAUAGUGGUGGUUCCUGUCACUCCAACUACAUUACACAGAUGGGAAAACCCUGAAGACAUGGACGUAGAUGAGCUCCUGGAGGCUAGUUCUGACCAGAGCCCAGGAAGGAGGAGGAGACAGACUCAGGAGUUCCUGAGACCCUACAUUGCCGCCAAGUUGGAGUCUCUGCCAGACACCUUCACUCUAGGAGACGAGAAGAAGUACAAUGGUUUCUAUAACAAGCCUCUACCGGGACAACAGCAGUACCGCUGUUUCGUCCUGGCGGCUCUCAAAGACCAUGAGUCUCAGAAGACGUUUGCGGCAAGCCCCUACUCCGACGCCAUUACGGUUAAGCUCCACAGCGGCAUGUCUCGCCACGCCGAGGACCCGGAGAUGCUGUGGGUCAUGGGCCCCGUGCUGGCCGUCGUGCUCAUCAUCAUCAUCGUCAUCGCCAUCCUGCUCUUCAAGAGCAAACAAGAAAGGAAACGUGCAUCUCCCUCGGCCAAGGAUGAACACUCUGCUGGGGUGAAGGACUCUCUGCUGGCCCACUCCUCUGACCCUGUGGAGAUGAGACGACUCAACUACCAGACACAAGGUUCCAGUGCCCUCAGUUGCCAGAACACUCCAAGGAUGAGGGAGCACCCACCCAUCUCCACCGCUGAUCUGGCUGACCAUAUAGAGCGACUGAAGGCCAACGACGGGCUCCGCUUCUCGCAGGAGUACGAGUCUGUAGAUCCUGGCCAGCAGUUCACAUGGGAACACUCUAACCUGGAAGUGAACAAGCCAAAGAACCGCUAUGCAAAUGUCAUCGCCUAUGACCACUCCAGGGUCAUCCUCUCUUCAGUCGAUGGCGUGCCAGGCAGCGACUACAUCAACGCCAACUAUAUAGAUGGCUACAGGAAGCAGAACGCCUACAUCGCCACCCAGGGCCCGCUUCCUGAAACCCUCAGCGACUUCUGGAGGAUGGUUUGGGAGCAGAGGACCAACACUAUUGUCAUGAUGACCAGACUGGAGGAGAAGUCCCGGGUGAAGUGUGACCAGUACUGGCCCAGUCGAGGGACAGAGACCUACGGCAUGAUUCAGGUGACCAUGCUGGACACUGUGGAGCUGGCUACGUACAGCGUGCGGACCUUUGCCCUUUAUAAGAAUGGCUCCAGUGAGAAGAGGGAGGUUCGUCAGUUCCAGUUUAUGGCCUGGCCGGACCACGGAGUGCCUGAGUACCCCACCCCCACCCUGGCCUUCCUACGCCGGGUGAAGGCCUGCAACCCAACAGACGCAGGACCCAUGGUGGUCCACUGCAGUGCUGGUGUAGGGCGGACAGGGUGCUUCAUCGUGAUCGAGGCCAUGCUGGAGCGGAUGAAGCACGAGAACUCUGUGGAUAUCUAUGGUCAUGUGACGUGUAUGAGAUCUCAGAGGAACUACAUGGUGCAGACGGAGGACCAGUACAUCUUCAUCCACGAGGCCCUCCUGGAGGCAGCCACCUGUGGGACCACAGAGGUCCCGGCGCGCAACCUAUACGCACACAUCCAGAAACUGACCCAGGUCACCCCCGGCGACACCGUCACCGCAAUGGAGCUGGAGUUCAAGAAACUGGCCAACUCCAAAGCACAUACCUCAAGAUUCAUCAGUGCCAACCUUCCCUGCAACAAGUUCAAGAACCGGCUGGUGAAUAUCAUGCCUUUUGAGUCCACCCGCGUUUGUCUGCAGCCUAUCAGAGGUGUGGAGGGCUCCGACUACAUCAACGCCAGCUUCAUCGACGGAUACAGGCAGCAGAAGGCCUACAUGGCCACCCAAGGCCCACUGGCAGAGACCACGGAGGACUUCUGGAGGAUGCUGUGGGAACACAACUCCACCAUCGUGGUCAUGCUCACCAAGCUCCGAGAGAUGGGACGGGAGAAGUGUCAUCAGUACUGGCCUGCUGAGCGCUCCGCCAGAUACCAGUACUUUGUAGUGGACCCCAUGGCUGAGUACAACAUGCCCCAGUACAUCCUCAGAGAGUUUAAAGUCACAGAUGCCAGGGAUGGCCAGUCUAGGACCAUACGGCAGUUCCAAUUUACUGAUUGGCCAGAACAAGGGGUGCCGAAAACUGGAGAGGGCUUUAUCGACUUCAUUGGCCAAGUGCAUAAAACCAAGGAACAGUUUGGACAGGAUGGACCUAUAUCUGUGCACUGCAGUGCUGGUGUUGGGAGGACUGGUGUGUUCAUCACCCUUAGUAUUGUCCUGGAGAGGAUGAGGUACGAGGGCGUGGUGGACCUCUUCCAGACCGUCAAGACCCUGAGGACCCAGAGACCUGCCAUGGUGCAAACAGAGGACCAGUACCAGCUGUGCUACAGGGCAGCUCUGGAGUACCUUGGCAGCUUUGACCACUAUGCAACAUAAUAACCACUCCCAGAAUGCACUUGGGUUCAGGAACGCCGCCCGUGUGUCCCUUCUGAGCCAUAUCCACCCUGCUGACAAAGUCCAGAAACUGCCGGAGGGCCGUGAGGAGAGGAAACGGGGAGGGGGGUGCGGAGGAGGAGUAGAGAGCACAAGUCUGACUGGACAACCUUCAAUCAGGUGGAACUGUACUCCUGAACUGACUGGCACAAUAAACCUGCUUUAAAACCCUCCACUACUAAAAUCUACUCCACUAAAAGAGUCUUUAAAGAAUCUUCAGUGUGCUUUAUUCUGAUGUCUAUAUAUGCACACAACUUAAAGCCCCUAUUUCUGCUCCUCCUACUGCUGAUAUAGCAAAAGUUAUUUUUCUGCUUUCAUUAUGCAUCAAUAUCAUGACUAUUACCCAUUAUAAGUAUAUCAUUAUAAUUAUUUAGAAUUUAUUUUCUAAUCAUUUAUACACUGGUUAUUGUAUGUUUUAAUGGGUCUUAUUCAUUGUUUGUAUCUUUUUUGUUUUGUUUUUUAAUUUUUUUAGCACAAGGGACAUGUAUUUUAAACAUGCUCCGAGUUCUUAUUAAUACUGGAGAUGUACACAUACUCAGAGCUGCUAAUAAUGUUAUUUUUUACCAUAAUAAUUAUAGUAUUCUAAAGUUCUCUAUUAUCUGGUUGGUUGUACUCUGUGGGAUAUGGGGGACAAAACUUUUAUAAGCCUUUUCACUUCAUGGUACUUUACAGAAUGACUAUGACAACAAGAGAUCAUACACUUGUACACCGGAGUUAGUGGACUACUAUAAAAUAAACGUAUGGUUAUAAAAAACUGAAUAGACUAAUCUUGAUAAUGUUGGACAAAUGUGCCAUGUACAGAUUCUGGCUUUUUUUUCUCAAUAGCUGUUUACUGUGAUUUUCUUAAUGCCUGUUUGAAGAGCUCCUGUCCAAAUCCAGACACAGCAAAAGAAAUACAGACACAUUAGAUUACACGGAACAUUGUUUGUCCUGUAACAGCACCACUUACUUGUCACAUCCAGGUUAGGAAAUCUUGGCCUGAGGUUGACUGAACUAAACAUCACUUCGAGAAGCGAAAAAGGAACAGGCACCCUGGCUCAGGUCUGAUUUGACAAGAUAUGGAGUAACAGAUAGAGCUCUCCACAUCACAGUAUAAUGUACAGUGCCCAACACAACCCAUCCUAUGAGAAGUGUUCAAGUGACCAGACAGUUAUCCAUGUUUCCAUGUGUUUCUGAUUACCCUGCGGACUCUGAACAAUAAACUGCGAAUGCCUGGUCUAGCCUGCCGUGACUGGCCAGCCCUGCAGAUAAUACCUGACAACAACUCAUUCAUGGUAUAACUGCUGUACUGUACUAUUCUGUAUUAUCACCUCACUUUGGUACUGGUGGACACCCUCCUGGAACACAAAAAUGCAGCGUCAAUGUGCUAGUGGAGGAUCUCUACGUUAAACUCUAGCGUUUGUCUCUAAAGUGGGGCCAUGGGAUUGGUAAGUGAGGUGAAUUUGGAUUGAGUGGGCCCAGAAGGACUGACUACAAAACAUGAUUCCUUUUACUUUGUCUUCGAAUAGUGACGUAGGGGUUCAAUCUGUUGUAUAUGCCAUGUUUUCUAUUUGUUAAUAAGAAAGGAGAGGGAAAUAAAUGUCGCAAAAACCUUGAUGUUAAUAAAGUUGAAUAAUUGGGUUUUUUAUA